AUGUUCACCAGAAGUGGUUCUGGGGAAGUUGAUGAUGAUAGUGUAAGUAGAUUGAGGGCGGCUAAGUUCAACAUCAUGCGACGAACUAUCUUCGUGAUUCAUGGAUGGACGGGUAAGUACCACGAAUGCCUGCAGCUAGAGCCCUUAAACCUGGGAUCUGCAUAGAAUGUAAAAUCUGGUGGGGGGGGGGGGGCAGGACAUCAACUUGGGUGUUCACUAUCCCCAGAACAUUUUUAAAUCAAUGAGUGGCAGAUUAAUAAACUGGUCAUGGAAAGUUUUGAUAUUUGAUCCCUUCCCCUCGAAAAAGGUCAUUGAUAAAAAUAAGAGCGGUUGAAGCCCUGGUUUCGCAGACGCACACAUCUGGUGUGGCACAAUUAUUCACUUCCACAAGAGACAUAAUGACUAAAUAAUUUAUAUCUCUCUCUCAUACACCAAAUCAAAUCUAGAGAAUUCAAAAGGCUGGGCCACACGGAUGAAAAACGCGCUAAAGAACCGAGAGGACUGCAAUGUAAUUUUGGUGGACUGGUCCAAAGGAGCAAGUAAAGAUUAUUUCCAGUCUGCUGGAAACACUCAACUUGUGGGGGCUCAGGUGGGAGAGCUUAUAAGGUUCCUGAUUUCCAGUGCCGGUGGGUCACGUAACUUGGUCGACAAGUUUUAUGUUAUAGGAUUUAGCCUUGGUGCUCAAGCAGCAGGAUAUGCUGGAACUUAUCUGAAGGAUAAAGCCGGAAUGACACUUGGCCGUAUAACAGGUACUUCUGGGGAAAAAAAAAUUUACGUACCAUGGAUUACAUUAAAUUCCCUGUGCCAUUUCCAGCAAAAUUUUUAUUGUUGAAUGGUAACGAUCACGGGCAGAAAAUUCAAGAUUCGUUAAUUAAAACUAAGCCACAAGCAGAGGCUUUGCGAAAUAUGGGAAAUACUUUGUUUGAAAUGUAAGUUUUCGUUUGGCCCACAUGUGCUUGAACGUCCUGUUCAAAUAUCCUUCUUGUCCACCUUGCUUCCCAUUUGGUUGGGAAACUAAUCGGUGAAGGACUGCUUUUACCUGUGUAUUCAUUCAAGCCCUCGAACUGACUCAAACUUGACUUUGGACCGACCCUUGCUGUCUUUUCUUUUUAUAGGAUUAGAUCCAGCGGGACCCCUUUUUACCAAUGUCGGCGAUGCUCGCUUCCGAUUGGAUAAAAGUGAUGCUAAAUACGUUGACGUCAUACACACUGACAUGCCACCGAAGGUUGGAUUAUUCGGUCUCGGGAUGCGUAAGGAGGCUGGUCAUGCAGACUUUUUUCCAAAUGGAGGCGUCCGACAGGCUGGCUGUAAACAACACCUUGCGAAGCUGGGUACGUUUCUGCACAUUGCAAAAGAAAUAGAAUAUUCCUCAAGAGAUCCACUCCUUAGGAGGUUUCAGGAGGUGUCAAUUUUAGAUUCCAUUUUCUUAGGGGGCAAAUUUUGUGAUCUUCUUCCUUAUUUUUUUAAAAUUUUUUUUAAAGAAACCUGCCACUUGACUUCAGUGAGUUGUUCAGCUCAGGGUUAAUUCCUAAAAAGCGCAUAAUGUGACAGUUAAAGGAAAAAAAGCAGUUGUUGUGGUCACCUGAGCAUUCCUAUUUUCGCUAGUUUGGAAUUCAUGUGCUGACCAGAAUCAAAAUGGCGAAUAUAAUAACAUACACAGGCCAAAAUCCUCUUUUUCGUAUCUCUUGCCAUCCUCUAUUUCCGUUUUGACACAGGGUCUGUUUUGGUUUGUUUUAGAUCUGUAUUACUUUCUUUAUGCCAAGUUACUGUUUGAAACGAGUGGUAAAGUACCUUUCAAUAACCUUUUCAAAAAAAAUCAACCUGAUCAAGAAAACAACAAAAAAAAAAUGCAAAGGAAGAAACUUUAGAAACAGGCGAUGAGAAAUAAAAGGAAAUACAGAUAAGCGGUACAAGGACUGACAAAAAUUUAAAACACUCAACUAAAAUGAUUUUUCUUUCUUUAGCUAUCUUCCAGACAGUGAUCUGUGACCAUAUGAGGGCUCCAGAAUACUACAUUGCUUCAGUUCAAAACAAUUGCUCCUGGAAAGCGUUUCCAUGCCACAGUCUCUCAGACUGUGAGGCAGGAAAGAGCACUCCAUGCUAUGGUAAAUGCCCCUCCAUGGGAUAUGAUGCCGACAAAACAGCACUAACUGGCAAUUUUACCUAA